AUGAUGGAGAAGGGCGAGGUGCACCACGCAGGUGCAGCCCACCACCACCACCACCACCAUGUUGAUGAGGACGUUGGCCCUUUCCCUGAACACGUUGGCCGCGACGAGAUGAUCGAUGAAGACCUCGAACCUGUCGCAGAGGAUGACAAUAUCAACGAAAAGGGAGACCCGUUUUUGGUUCAAUUCUCGGAGAAUGACCCGGGUAACCCCAAGAACUACUCGUUUACCCGGAAGUGGUUCAUCACUGCCUUCACUGCCGUUCUUUGCUUCAGCGUUGCUGUUGGUUCUUCGAUGCCUACUGGUGACCUUCCUGGCGCGGGUGAAGCAUUGGGUGUGGGCCAGGUCCCUAUUAACCUGAGCAUUACGCUCUUCGUUGCCGGCUUCGGCUUUGGUCCCAUGUUUUUUGCUCCCCUGAGUGAGAUUUACGGUCGCUGGGUAAUUUAUGUGAUUUCGGGCUUUCUCUACUUCAUCUUCACUCUGCCUUGCGCCCUCGCGCCUAAUCUGGCUACACUGCUUGCCGCUCGUAUGAUUGCCGGCCUCGCUGCCAGUGUGCCCAUGACCAACGUCGGUGGCACGCUGAGUGACAUUUGGCGUCCGGAGGACAAGGGUCUUCCCAUGGCCAUCUUCUCAUCUGUUCUGUUCAUCGGUCCUUCGGCUGGUCCGUUGAUUGGCGGCGCCAUUACUUCCGGUACUAACAUGAUUGAUGGCUGGCGCUACAUUUACUGGACCCUGUUUGCAUUUGUCGGCAUCAUCUGGAUUCUGACUCUGCCUACGACCGAAACCCUGGCCCCCGUUCUACUGAAGCGCCGCGCCAAGAAGCUGCGUAAGGAGACGGGCGACGAGAGGUACAUGACCAUGCAAGAGAGGAACCCGAUGGAUCUCAAGAAGAUCCUUGUCAUCUCUCUUCUGCGUCCCUUUGAGCUGCUUGUGAUGGAGCCUAUCCUGAUUGCUUUCUCGCUCUAUCUCUGCCUUGUUUAUGCUCUGCUGUACUUGAUGUUCUUCGCAUACCCCAUUAUUUUCGAAGAAGGACAUGGAUUCAACCCUCUGCAAGUCGGCUUGUGCUUCAUCUCCCUGAUUAUCGGUAUUUUGCUUUCCAUCCUCUUCAUUUGGUUUGUGAUGGAGCCGAUGACCAAGCGCCGUAUUGAGGCGCGCGGACACCCUGUCCCUGAGGACAGGCUGCCCCUCAUGUUCAUUGGUGCAAUUGCGCUUCCCAUGUCUCUCUUCAUUUUGGCAUGGACGUCAAUGCCUAGUGUGCACUGGGCAGGACCUCUUGUCGCUGGUAUUCCCACGGGCGCGAGCUUUGUCAUGAUCUACAUCUCCGCCAACUCGUACCUUGUCGACUGUUACCCCAAGGUGGCAGCUUCGGCUCUUGCGGCAAAGACGCUGCUUCGGUCUCUCUGCGGUGCUGCAGUGCCGACCUUCGUCUUCCAAAUGUUCCACGCUAUGCACAACCAGUGGGCGCUGACCAUGCUCGCUCUGGUCUCCGUGCUCAUGGCCCCUAUUCCAUUCUUCUUCUAUAAGUAUGGACCCAUGAUGCGCGAAAAGUCCAAGUUUGCAUCCGGUGAUGAUGAUAAUUAA